AUGAAAUACACAGCAGUAAGGCAAUUUGGUGGGUUCAUAUCUGGUGACGAUGAACUUGGAGAAGAAGCAGCUGCCUUGCAUGCUAGUCUUGCUGGUUCCAAAUGGUCAUCUGCUGUGGACAAAAGCAGACUAUCUUCAGUGCACAAUUCUUUUUUAAAUGGGCCGAGUAGCAGGGCUCUCAAAAGAAAACGAGCUGAUACUCGGAAACUCAGUGAGGCUGAGCGCAUAAUCUAUGACCUUAUCAUAAGUACAGAGGACAGGGGAAUAAUGACGAGGGAAAUAAAGUUUAAAAUCAAAGUAAUUCCUGACACCGUUCUUAACAAGUCUAUCAAAUCUCUCAAGGACAAACUGAUAAAAGAGGUUGUUAGCAUUCAGAACAAGAAGAAAUAUCUUAUUGGAAAUGGAUUUGAACCCUCGGUUGACGUAGCUGGUGGUGUAUGGUACAAUGAGGCUGCAACAGUUGGGGAGAUUACUGAAUAUCUGAACAAUCUAACUGUGGACUGUCGCGACUUAUUUACCCAGAAGUUAACUGGUCAGGAAAUUGAAGGACUUAUGCAGAGUCUGAUUCUUGACAAGAAGAUUGUGGAGGCGGAAAGUACUGGAAAAGGGGACUUUGCGAAAAUUCCACCGGGCGAACAAUGCUACCGAUGUGCAAAUACGAGAGGGCUUUCAAAAACAGGGGCGUUGGCUUCCAUUCCUUGCGGAGUUUAUCCUCGUCUGAAUGAGUGCACACCUGAUGGAAUCAUCUCUCCCACCACUUGUGUUUACUUCAAGAAAUGGUUGGAUUUUGAGUAA